AUGGUCGGUAGCCGUCAGCAAAAGGAGGACAGCCUUGAACGAGAACUUGCGUAUGAAGACGCUACGGUCGAGGCCGGGAAGUCCAGUAAGGAAAGGCGCGACGAGACGAAAGCUGAGAAGGAAAAGAAGGCGGAAGAAGAAAGACAGGCCCAGAUGAAGGAAGCCAUGUUUGCUGCUGGAAAGCGCAGUCGGGAGAAGCGCAACAAGUGA